GCCAGGUCCUGGCCGUAUCUCAUUCCCCCCAGAUUUCGUUGACAAUGGCCCCCCAACUGUCUUUUACUCAAUGCAGAAGUCCCGGUCGUGACCGCACCGCACGCCGAGAAAACAGCUUGCUCGGACACGCCCGGUGCUUUGUGCCCCCGCCUCCCAGGAUGUGCCGCCGACGGCGACACACUUCCCGCUGUUAAGUUCCAAGAAAAGGGCUAGACGACCUUUACAUGAUUUCUAGACCAGGUCGUUUACGUCCCUUCAGUCCUUUACCACCUCCCUCUGGCAUCUUAGGCUCCCGCUGCAUCGAUAGGAAAAAUGUGACCAGAAAGGCCCUGCUCAUCGGUUGCACCUACGAUCUGGAACAAUUCGCGUCAAGGAAGGACGACCAGAUGAAAGGCACCCAUGUAGACGUUGAUAAAUUUCGCGACCUUCUCAUAGGCACUAUGUAUUUCGAUAAGGACGACAUCGUUAUCAUGAAGGAUGCUCUCGAGACUUCGCCCUACCUUUGGCCUACCAAGGCAAACAUCGAGAGAGAAAUCCACCGUUUCGUUCAAGGUGCUUCCGCCGGUGACAUCCAUUUUAUUUUCUACGGGGGCCAUGGGUACCAGAAAUUCAACGCCAACAGUACAGAAGCCGACAAGAAAGAUGAACAUGUCGUCCCUUGUGACGCUGUUGGUCCCAACGGCUUUAUUGAAGGAGCGAUGAUCGUUGACGACGUCCUCAAGAAUAUCCUGGUCAUGCCUCUGGCUGCUGUUGGCGCAAAACUGACUGCUGUGUUUGACUGCUGCCACAGCGGUACCGUUCUCGAUCUUUCCCACUACCGCUGCAAUGAUUGCACGUCAUGGACAAUGAUUUUCUGUCGUUUAUACAGAUUUAUUGCCUCAGAUGUCUCCGUAAAUUUGAACCUCCUCCGCCCCCGUACAGUCGAAAGGUUCAUAGCCGCCUCACAUUUGGACCCGCCCAUCGAGGACUGCAGGGGAUUUUGCUUGAUAAGUGAUCGCAGAGGGCCGGGAUACGUUGUGUGCAUAUCUGCAUGCAGGGAUGAGGAAAUGGCAUGGGGAGGCGCGAAGGGGGGCGCACUAUCCAGAGCCAUAAUGUCAGCACUGCAAACUGAUCCCGAACCAACACUGAAGGAGUUAAGUAUCUCCAUAAACGCCACUGUCCAAGUCAACUCGAGAAAAGUAACAGAGCGGAGGAAGAGGGAGCAGAACCCCUCAAAGGUAGUUCAACACCCUCAAUUCUCUAGCCUUUGUCCGUUGGUAAGUCGAACAUCGGCGGGUAGCCAGUGUAGUCUUUAACGUUCGUGUUUUGAACAAGGAUAUGAACCAGCGUUUCUUGCGCUGAAUCAUGAUUAAUUACAUUAUGGCGUGUAGAGCCAUAGUUUCAUAUACCAUUUUGUCGUGCUUUCGAUUUGCUUCUUUGUUUUCCGUUCAACUUGUUUGAUUUUACCACAUGCAUAUCCUGUUCGCUCUUCUAGUACCUGAUUUCUUGUACUCAUAUUGUCAUCAUGCUACUCUUUCCCAUCGUUGCAUUCUUCUCAGCAUAUGUUACCACAGAGUGUGUCCCUAGUAUUUUCUUCGUGAUUUCAUA